AUGACAGAUCCAACAACUCAAUCCCCAGAGAAAAGCUGGAUAGUAAGCCAAUUUGAGGAUCGGGCUCCGGAAGCGCACGGCGCAGGCUGGUCCAAGAUAUGGGACGCGGGGAAGUCCGAUCUUUGGGAUAGAGGACAGGCCUCUCCGGCUCUGGUUGAUAUAGUUGAGAAGCACCAGAGACCGGGUGAAUUGUUCCAUCCGUUUGCUGCUGAUGGGCGGCGGAAGAGGGUCCUUGUUCCAGGAUGCGGACGCGGCUAUGAUGUUGUCAUGCUAGCUCUGCAUGGAUUCGAUGCGUACGGCCUUGACAUCUCCGCGACAGGUGUUGCGGCGGCGAAAGCAUUUACGUCGAAGGAGUUGCAAAAUCCCAGCGCUACUAACUUCGGUCUUAACCAUGACAAUAAGGAGUUUCAGUCCCGCGGGAAUGUAAAGUUUCUAGAGGGCAAUUUCUUUGCGUCGGAAUGGGAAAAUGAAGCCGGUGGGGAGUUUGACCUUGUUUAUGAUUAUACCUUCCUCUGCGCCCUCCACCCCACAAUGCGCAAAGACUGGGCUGCCCGGAUGGCAUCGCUUCUUGACAAGGACGGCCUCCUCACCUGUCUCGAGUUCCCCAUGUACAAGGAUCGCACACUGCCUGGUCCGCCGUGGGGUUUGAACGGCGUUCAUCGCAAUUUGCUCGGGAAGGGAGGUGAUGGCAUCGACAUUGAUGAUGCAACAGGCACUGGAAAGGAAGGCGACGGAUCUUUCAACAGGAUUCUAUAUGUACAGCCCGAACGUACAUAUGAAGCCGGACAGGGGACAGAUAUGUUGAGUGUGUAUCAGCGAAAGUAG